AUGGACUCUAUCAAGCAGGGUGCCAACUACAUCUCGGAGAGCGCCAAGCAAGCCAUGCAUGGCGUGUCCAAGGACGCCAACAAGGAGGUCGCCAAGGAUAACAACGCCCCCAUUGGCACUCGUGCCUCGGCCGCCAAGGAUGCUCUCGGCGACAAAUUCAACGAGAACAAGCAUGAUGCCAAGGCGGAAGCCCACAAGCAGCAGAUUUGA